CUGGGCAGGUUCUCCAAACAUGGGAAACAAGCCUGUGAAGCAAGAAAGCGAAGAAAUUUUCUUGAAAGUUGCUCCGUUGGACCGUACAUAUGUUAGGUGGCUUGCUCGAGAUCUUGAGAGGAUUCACGGCUUUACACCAGCUAAACCUCGUGCUGUGAAGCCCCCAGAUCAUUAUAUUGAGUACAUGCAUCUGAAUGGAUGGUUGGAUGUGGACUUGGCUGAUCCUGAUCUAGCCCAUUUAUUCAAGUAGAUAGUGAAGGUGAUGUACUUAAAAGAAAUAUUUGGGGGGAAAAAAAGAUUUCCUUUGAACUAAAUCAUUGUUUAGUAUUACUGGAUUGGAAUUUGAGUAUAUAUCAGGAGUUGUAAGAUACCGCAAAUUUAUAUUUGAAUGAAGCAUCUCAAAUCAAAA